UGGUCUUUAAGUGUAACUUCGUAUAGUGUUAGUGUUUACUGUGUUUUGUUAAAAAAUAUGCAAACUCGCAAAAAAGUAAUCAAAACCGUUUAUAAAGAUGAAAACGAUAGCGAGCCUGAGGAAUCCGGGGAUUUUAGCGACUCGGGGUCCGAUGCCAAAAUAUCCGACGUCUCCAGCUCCGAAGACGAGGAACAAGCCGUCUCUUCGGGAGAAGAAUUUGAAGACAAAGAAUCGAAAAGCAGUAAAGCCACAAAAUCAGCACCGCGAAGAAGGCCGCAAUUCGCGAAAAACUUUAUUCAAAAGAUUCUCGAUGAAUCCCAGGAAGAUUUGGGUGAAAAUUCUUCCACAAAAGCUUUCUCAGUGAAGGAUUUAACUGAUGCUGAUAAACUGUUGCCUUCUUUCCUCAAUCUUUCAGAGAGUGACAGCAGUGAAGAUGAAUCUCCCAGAAAACCACCAAGUGUACCUGCCAACACUACUUUCCCGUCAUUUGAUGAUACAGACAGCGACCAUGAAACUAAAAUGGAGUAUCAAGACGUGUGGUCUGAAAACAUACCUGACAAAAGUGAUGAGAUUGCACAAAAAACUUUCAAAGAAUUGGAAAUUCACAAAACAAAAGUCGAACAGACAAAAGCUUCAAUUCUUAACUACAAAGCUGUAUCUUCUCGAGCUUUUGAUGUCAGGGAUCUUUUAGCUCAAGGAGAGGAAUUACUUCCAGAGCCUGCAGAAAUCAAGAAUACUAAAAGAAAAAAGAAACAAUAUGUCAGUGACUCCGAAAUGGAGGAUUGGGAGGAGGUAAAAGAGUCAAAAUCACUUCCAGCAUCCGGUCUGCAGGUGGUUGUUGACUUCCCCGAUACUGUCCGCAGGAAAUCUAAAAAGAUAGAUGUUGAGAUGAUGAUGAGGAGGAAAAUGAACAGGGUUAAAAAAGAGUACCAAGUGUACAUGCAUAAGGUCCACGUCUUGUGCUGGCUGGGCCACGGAACUAUUGAAAAAACACCAACCAAGACUGAUCCUAAAAAAACUAAGAAAACACUUAAAGACAUGGACGAUGAGCUGAGAGGAAGAAAAACAAAGAUAUCUCCUAAGAAUGCUGUGAGGAUGGAAGAGUCACUAAAGAAUAAAGCGGUAAAGAAGAAAUCUGUAAAAGGAAAAUCAAAAACCAAAAGCGAUAGCGAUUACGAACCCGAAGCCUUAAGUGACGACGAUUUCAAACCGAGCAAGAUCAGUCCGAAGCCAAGUGACAGUCGGAAGAUCGAUCGGCGCGUGUUAUCCACAGACGAUGAAGCGCCUAGAGACAAGACGGACGUCUGGUGCGAAGUGUUUGUCGAGGAGUUGGAGCAGUGGAUAGCUGUCGAUGUGGUGAAGGGGCAGGUUCACUGCACUAAUGAGAUUUAUAGCCGAGCAACUCACCCCGUGUGCUACGUAGUCGGUUGGGACAACAACAACUACCUCAAAGACCUGACGCGUCGCUACGUGCCUCACUGGAACACCGUCACCAGCAAACAACGAGCCGAACCCGUCUGGUGGGACACGGCUAUAUCGCCUUGGAAGGGACCAAGAACGCCACGGGAUAGAGAAGAAGAUGAGGCUCUGGAUAGGAUGCAGUUGGAUGCCCCGCUGCCUACGAGUAUCGCUGAGUAUAAAAAUCACCCUCUCUACGUGUUGAAGCGUCACCUAUUGAAGUACGAGGCUCUGUACCCGCCCAACACGGCCACGCUCGGGUUCGUACGCGGGGAGGCGGUGUACCCACGUGACAGCGUGUGCGUCUGCCACUCCAGGCACACGUGGUACAAGCUGGCCAAAGUGGUGCGGCAAGGGGAGCAGCCGUACAAGAUCGUCAAAGCGAACCCUAGGUGGGAUAAGGUAGCCCGCAAGGUGAUAAGCGUUGAUGAGCCGCUAGAAACAUUCGGGUCGUGGCAAGUGGAAGACUUCGAGCCGCCGGCAGCCGAGAACGGAGUCGUGCCUCGCAACGCGUACGGCAAUGUCGAGCUGUUCAAGGCCUGCAUGUUGCCUAAAGGCACCGUGCAUAUCAAGCUGCCUGGUUUAAACAAAGUGGCCAACAAGUUGAACAUAGACUGCGCGCCGGCGCUCACGGGUUUCGACGGCAACCGCGGCUGGCCGCGCCCGCUGUACGACGGCUUCGUCGUCUGCCAGGAGUUUGAGGAAAUCAUCACGCAGGCCUGGCUCGAGGAUCAAGAAAAAAUGGAAAGACGCGAGAAAGAAAAAACCGAAGCAAGAGUGUUCGGCAACUGGAAGCGGCUGAUCAAGGGUCUCAUGAUCACGGAGAGGCUCAAACUGAAGUACGGGUUCGAGGAACCUAGCACCUCGGACAAAGCCAAGGGCCCUAAAGGAUCUAGGUUUGUGACGAAGAAGAAAAAGUGAUAAGGUAAAAAAAAAAACGUUUAUUCAGAACGUAAAGCUUAACCCUGUUACAUAUCUUCUGCCAAACCACUUCGUGGUUUGUUGGCAGACGAGGCUCCCAUACACUUAUCAAGCUACGCACCUCAUAGUUUUUAGAUAUAUGUAUAAUAUUUAUAUAUAUAUAAGUUUAGAGGUAAGAUGCUGAUGGUGUCAUUAUCUUGAGUACUACUCGAAAGUUCGAAGCCGACCAUGUCGGAAAGCGGAGAACCUUCUUCAGCCGUUCCCUCAAUGCUGAGGAUCGUGACAUCAUGUCAAGUCAUGUCUGUUGAACACUAGGUCCCUCCAUAAUCAUCUGUUCCUCGCCCAUCGCAUGACCUCGUGCAGUUUUAAUUGCAUGGGUGCAGUAAUUUGAACACACAUUAGUAGGGGGAGGGGGAGUUCAACUUUGCCCGUCAUAAUUAUUCUCCAGGGUAUGUGGCGGGCGACAUGAGAUGUGACCGAAAUAACUAACUGUAACCUAUGGACGCCUGCAACUCAAGAAGUGUCACAUGCGCGUUGUCAACCCAUUAGAAACUACAGUGUACAAGUUCCAAGGAGGGGUCGCGUCGCAUUGCCGACGACUCAAAGGACAAUUACAAAUUAGUUCCAUAGGUCCUUCCGUCGCCAGCACACUCCUCAUUGAGCUCUGGCAGCCUUACAGCAGGAACUGUCAGGAACACAACGCUAUGAGUAGGGUCUAGUGCUAUUUGGCUGCGGUCUUCUGUAAGGCGGAGGUACUUCCCCAGUUGCGCCUGCUCUAGCGAGCCAUUCAAGCGAGAUGAUAUCCGCUGUGCUGUGCCCUACCAGCCUACCACACAUCAAUAUCAUUAGCUAUGUCCUACCUCCUACAAGCACUAUUAGUACUGAUUUUUUGACUACUAUUAAUAUUGUAAUAAGUAACCGUCUUCCCAGCUGUGAUAAAUAUUGAAUGUAAUUCUAAAAUUAUCAAUUUACCAAUGAAACAUUACCGCCUAUACACUUCAAUUAUGUACUAUCUUUUGAGAUUGUUAAACUUACUUUAGUUAGAAAUAAGCCUUUAGUUUUAAUUAUUUCUACGGGUAUUGAUUUUUAGUAGUGCUAGUGUAAAAUAAUGUUUACUUCUUGCGAAUUUGUGUUAUGUAUCGUAAGGCCAUGGGCAAUUUUUCAGAUUUUGAAUUUGAAACCUAGUUUUAUUUGUAUAAGAGUUCAAAACUCGAAUAUAUUUUGUACUUGUACAAGUACGCAUAAGUAGAAUGCAAGACCUAUGAGGUUAAGAUUCGUACCUGAUAUGUAAAUGUUGCAAUUUAAGCUUGUAUUGUUUGUUUGCAUGUUUUUUUAAAUGUAAUAAUUAUUAUCAAUUUCAAUUAAAAGUUUCA